CAUCAAACGCAAAAACACAGUCAUCCUCUCCGACCCUGAUUCUGACUCAGACGGGGACGCCAAACCCUCACCCCCUCCAAAGAAGAAAGCCGCCGUAUCGACCACUCCGUCAUCCAGUAAACCAAAAGCGCAGGCCAAGCCUACGCCGUCCAAAUCUACAUCCAAACCUAAAGCUCUGUCAAAGUCUGCGUCAAAAUCAAAGAAAUCGUUCGAUGACGAUUAUGAGGACGAAGACGGCGACGUUGUUGAUGGUGACGAUGACGAUUAUAUGGAAGUGGAAGACGACGAGCCCGUGCCCGCGCCGAAGAAGAAGACGCCCGCGAAGCCGAGGGCGAGUACGGGUUCUACGAAGAAGACCGAGGCGUCAUCGUCAAAAACUAAGCCAGCGAAGGAGAAAGCAGAUGCAAAAGAGAAGGAGAAGGAGGCGAAGACAGAGGAGCCCGCGAAACCGAAACCCAACUGGGCCGCCAUCAGAGCCGCCCGCCUCGCAGGGCCCGUUGCCCCAGGCUCCAAGGCCGUCCCCGAACCGGCUUCACCGGAUUGUCUGGCUGGGUUAUCGUUCGUGUUCACGGGUGAACUGUCGGCGUUCUCGAGGGACGAGGCUGUUGAUCUGGCGAAGCGGUUUGGAGGUCGUGUCGUCGCCCAACCCUCCUCCAAAACCAACUUCGUCGUUCUCGGCUCCAACGCGGGCCAGUCCAAACUCAAUGCCAUCGCCAAACAUCAGCUCAAGACUCUUUCGGAGGACGAGUUCCUCGAGCUGAUAGCGACGAGGGAAGGCCCGAGCGCGGGCGGUGAGGAGGACGAGAAGGCGAAGAAGAAGAGGGAGAAGGAGAUGAAGGCAAUUAGGGAGAGUGCGAAGGAGAUGGAGAGGAGAGAGAAGGUCGUUGAGAAAGGGAAGGGUACGGGGUCGGGGUCUGGAGGUGCGAAAGUCGUGGACGCGAAGACACAGCUUUGGACGGAUCGGUACGCGCCGCAGACGCUGAAAGAGAUAUGCGGCAAUAAGGCCCAGGUAGAGCGGUUGCAGAAUUGGUUGAGUUCCUGGCCAAACUCCUUGAAAGCAAACUUCAAAAAACCGGGCAAAGACGGGAUGAAUAUCUUCCGCGGCGUCAUGCUCUCCGGUCCUCCCGGGAUAGGCAAGACUACGAGCGCCCAUCUCGUUGCGAAACUCGCGGGGUUCACGCCGAUCGAGCUGAAUGCGAGUGAUACAAGGAGUAAGAAGCUCGUUGAGAACAGCACAAACAUCACGAAUACUUCUUUGGAUGGAUGGAUGGGCGGUGGCGAGAUGAUGAACGCGGCUGGGAUACCGAUCACAGACAAGUCCUGUCUCAUCAUGGACGAGGUAGACGGGAUGUCUGCUGGAGAUCGGGGUGGUGUUGGGGCCUUAGCGGCGUUGAUCAAGAAGACCAAGAUUCCGAUUAUAUGUAUCGCAAACGACAGGUCAGCGCAGAAGAUGAAGCCGUUGACGAACGUUACUUUCGAUCUUAAGUUCCGCAAACCGGACGCUGCAGCUAUCCGCUCUAGGAUGCUCACCAUCGCCUUCAAAGAGAAGAUGAAGAUCCCAGCGAACGUGAUCGACCAGCUCGUCACCGGCGUCAACUCCGAUAUUCGUCAAGUGUUGAAUAUGCUUUCAACGUGGAAGCUUUCAAGCAGUACGAUGGACUUUGACGAGGGCAAGUCGCUGGCGAAAAUGAAUGAGAAAUACGCGGUGAUGACACCGUUCAACAUUAUCCAGAAGAUGCUCGGGCCUUACAUGUUUGGGCCGACUUCGAGGGAGACGCUGGGCGAUAAAAUGGAGCUUUAUUUCCAGGAUUAUUCGUUUGUGCCUCUGUUCGUCCAGGAGAAUUAUCUGAAGACGACCCCGGUGCGGGCGAGGAACGAAGAGGGGCCGAUGAAAGAAUUGAAGGUGUUGGACCUGAUGGAGAAGGCUUCGGAGUCGAUAUCAGAUGGGGAUUUGGUGGAUGCGCUGAUCCAUGGGCCCGAACAACACUGGACGCUCAUGCCCACCCAUUCCGUCCUCUCUACUGUUCGACCCGCUUCGUUCCUUUAUGGACCUGGACAGGGAUAUGCAGGGCCUAAUGCCAUGUCGUUCCCUCAAUGGCUUGGCCAGAACUCGAAGCAGAACAAGCUCAGUCGACAACUGGGCGAUAUUCAGAUCCACAUGCGGCUCAAGGUCUGCGGCGACAAGAACGAAAUUCGACAGAGUUACGUCCCGGCACUGUUCCCGCAUAUUGUGCAGCCGCUUAUGGAUCGUGGUGCGAGCGCGGUAGAAGGCGUGAUUGAUUACAUGGAUGAGUAUUACCUAUCCAGAGAAGAUUUCGACACGCUCGUGGAAGUUGGCGUUGGAGAAAGACGCGAGGCUGUCGUCGGGAAAGAGAUCUCGGCGGCCACGAAGACGGCGUUGACGAAGAAGUAUAAUGCCAGAGAGCACCCUAUACCGUUCCAUAAAGCCCAAGAUCUGGGCAAGAUACCGAAGAAACUACAAGGCGGCCCGGCACCAGAUCUCGAAGAGGCCUUCGACGUUGAGGAUGUGGACGAACCCGAGGAGCCAAAAGGAUCGCAGGAAGACGAUAGUAUCGAGAACGACAAGAUGAUCAAGCAGGCUGGCGCGAAAGCAAAGAAAGCAACCACGGCGGACACGAAGGGCAAGGGGAAGGCAUCGGGAGGGGCGAAGGGGAAAAAGUGAGGUCCAUAGCUAU